AUGCAACGAAUACAGCGCGACUUUCUGUAUUUCAUCCUUUUUCUGGCGCCUUAUUCGAUGUGGUGCCAACAAGUGCAGCACGAUCAAUCUCCCUUGUGUAGCAUUUGUCGGCAUUGGGUAGAGGAAUUAUCCGGGAUAUCUGGUAACUACAACGAGACCGAAUUUUGUCGUUUGAUGGAUGACGCGUGUGAGCGGCUAUUUUCACCGAUAAAUCAAACGGAGCUUUGUCACGGUUUGCAGAGGAAUUGCUCGGCGAUUCUGGGAUUGAUAGAGGAGAACGUACGAUCAGAAGAAAUCUGCGAGCUCUACCAGCUUUGUGAGCCGCCAGCAGAUCCUACACCGGCACCGGAUGAUGGUAAGCCAGCAAUGCGCAACGAUCCGGCACUCUGGCUUCUUAGGAAAGCAUACAUACAACUAUGGACUAUCUAUUUUCCUCUUCCUUUAGCAAUAAAAUUUCAAAUAUAUCUCACU